ACAGACCACUCUUCUGAAGGAAGCUCAGACAUGUAUUUGUGGCUUUCACAAGGUAACUUCAAUUAGCCUGGUUCAAGUUGCAUAAAUAGAUAGAUGUGUUUGCAACAUCAAUGUGUCUUUAUAUCUAAAAUCACAUUAGGAAGACUGUUUUGUACUUUAUGCAUGUCACAGGUUCAUCCACAAGUCACAGGGGAAGCAUCACAGAGCACCCCGGCCCAAAGCACACCCUCUGUCAGUGAUGUGUCAUGUCCUGCAAAGAGACCUAAACUGACAUUGUCAAUGUUUGAAAAGUCAAGGUUUGGAGGCUCACAUGUGGCAGCAGCAAAACCUAAUUUGAGCACCCAGAGGAAAACCUCUCAGAUGUUAGAGCACUCCAGUUCAGCUACAGUUUCAUGUCCACCCUCUGAUCCUCAUCCUCCUCCAUCCCCCAAACCUCAUCAGCCCGUCAUCCAGUCCUCCUCUUCCUUCUUCCUUCCUCCACCUCAGAGUUCACAACGCAUCAAAAAAACAGCAACGCCAUCAACUGUUUCUGAGAAUACUGUUGUGAGGAGCCCACAGGUCUCAUCUCAGCCAGAAGAUCUCCCCCUUCUGUGGCCACAGACAAUGCCACAGCAAGACCAGAAGUGGGUGUCAGAAGCACUUUUUAGGGUUGGUGCAAAGGGAAAGCUGGAGCUGCGUGAAAACCUACAGUUGUGGUAUCACCCCCCACCACCAGCCCUGUUGUACCACCAAGCUCCAACACCUGAUAGGUUUUUUUCACAGCGUCUCUUGCUCUGGAUGCCAUAUAAGCUGUGGAAGGUGCGGCUCCAGUGUACUAACCCUGCCUGUGCCAGGCAACAGCUGUGUGGUGGUGGACUGCACAGGAGGGUACGACAGGUGUUAGACAUUGACAGAUACUACAACCUGGUGACAGAGACCCUGAUCUGCACCAGGUGUAGAACCAGCUACCUGUCCUGGAGUCAUGCUGUGCUGCAGCAGUUGGACCUGGCCCAUCGAGCUGAAUUCAGGGUCAUCCUCACACGCAAGUAUGCCUGUGACAUUUGGGUUCUUCGCUUGCUGCGUGAGAGGGGCAUGGGGAAUGGCCCAGUGAGGAUCAUCGGCCAGCUGAGAGAGAACCACAGUGAGGAGUGGUUGAAACGUGCGCUUCGGUACACAUCAGAGUGUGUGGCCUUUUUUGAUAAUCGUGGCCUGCAUCCGCUGCACUUCCAGGAGCCACCACCACUUGCUUCAGUACCCAGCUACAAAUGGCUCCUCACUGUAUAUAGUCAGGACAUUCUCAACAGGCUCGAUCACAUAAAGGCCAGCAUAACAUCCACGUAUGGAUCAAUCUUAAAAAUGGAUUCAACUAAGAAGAUCACCAAGAAGUUGAGCGGGCCUGCGAAAGGCACAGCACAGUGGCUUACCUCAGUGGGCAAUGAGAUAGGUCAGGUGCUGAUGAGUGUCCUGACUGCGAAUGAAGGGGCUGGGUUAGACCUCAUGGCUGCAGGGCUCAUGGAGCGAUACCGGAGUGCUGGUGUUGAUCCUCCCACUAUCAUUUAUGUGGACUGUGAUUGUUGCAAGAAAUGUGAGAAUGCAGCACAUCUGGAAUGUCCAGAGGCGGCACAUCACCUGUAUCCAAGACCCUCCAAAUGUGCCGCUCUAUACUGA